AAGCGCCUGCUGCAUGCUUGGAGGUCAGACGCUCCGAAUGGACAGCGGAAAUUGCUCCAAUGCGGUGGUGGAUGACAGCCCAGCUUCCAGUCCCAGCUCCAGUCCCAGUCCGGACGGUCGCCGUCGCGAACUCCACCGGGCCAGAGGGCUCCAGAGCGGCGGGCUCGGCGGCAGAGGACGCCCGGCAGCUGCAAACGCAGCCCGGGAGAGGAGUCGGGUGCAAACCCUGAGGACCGCCUUCCUGGAACUCCAAAGGACGUUGCCUUCCGUGCCCCCGGAUACCAAGCUGUCCAAACUCGACGUGUUGAUACUAGCCACCACCUAUAUUGCCCAUUUGACUCGAACUCUGCAAGAGGAAGGCGCGGAGGAGGGAGACAGCACAAAACAAACAGAGGCGUUACAUUCACUCAAAGGCGAAGGCUAUCUGCACCCUGUAAAGAAAUGGCCAAUGCGCUCCAGACUGUACGUCGGAGCAAGCGGACAGUUCCUGAACAAUUCAUCAGAGUCAGAGAAUCAAGGCCCUUCAUCAUCAUCCUCUACCUCCCAAUGAGAGGCUUGCCCUGCAUCAACAUGCUUUUCAUAUUUCGAUUGCAAAAGAAACACGUUCGUUAAAGAAAGCCCCACCAUAAACGUUGUAAAUUAAUAUAUUUCCUAAAUUUUAUUGUUCAAAUACUGUAGAUGCAUGUCCUUUUUUUUUGUUCUUUAUUGAUGUUGUCUGGAUCUAUCUUGUUUGCAUUGUGCAGUCCCACACAUGCCCCAAGUAUAUUUGCAGAAAUUCUGCGGGGUGAGCCCGUCAUGCUUGAGCGUGCACUUUGACUGGAGACAUUUGCACUAAAUGCAUGUGUGAAUAACUUAACAUCUGUCAUGUGAAGUGGUCUGUCAGAGGGUCGACAAUGGAGACUCUUGCUCGUGUUCCCUCUUCUGACAUGCAUGGUUUUAACGUGUUCUGAAUAAAUUCAAUGGCAUUGAAA